AUGGCGGGCACGAACAGCAAAGUGGCCAGCUCUGAGAGUGCUGGUGGUCCUUUGCCUCCGCUUUCCGCGGGCGAUCUACGAACUUAUAAUCGCAUGUCCGACCAAAUGGACGCCUUCCAUAACCAUUUUCGCAUGACAUGGAAUCAGCUCUGGGAUGCGUGUGACUCUUCUGCGAAGCGCCCGGGCGGGCUUUCGGGGCGCCAGAUGAUCAUGAUGGGCCUUCAGUUUUGCUCCCAGCUCGACUUCCACCACUCAAUUGAAGAGCAACAUAUCUUCCCUGUGCUGGCAAAGAAAAUGCCUGAGUUUCGGAAGGAGCUUGACCUUUUGAAGCAGCACAAGCAGAUUCAUGCCGGGCUGGAGAAAUUGGAAUCCUACCUAGAGAAAUGCCGCUCUGGCGAGGAAGAUAUGCGCCGCGAAGAGGUGAAGCGCCUGAUGGAGGGCUUCGGGGGAGUGCUGUGGAAGCAUCUGGAUGAGGAGGUUCAGACGCUGAAGGCAGACAACAUGUGCAAGUACUGGUCGCUGGAUGAGAUGCGCAAGCUCCCGAUGUGA